GCCAAGAGGGUGAAUCAACACGACAUCUGCUCCGAAAUCGUCCCCAACGACUUCUCCUCCAAGCUGUUCUUCGACCCCGGCACCUACCGGUGUCUGGAGAACUGCGGCAGCGUCGCUCUGAACGUUGUGCGUCGCGGAGGAGAUCCCGGGAACACCGUCUGCGUGGAUUACCGAACAGAAGACGGCACCGCGAACGCAGGGUCAGAUUACAGAUUCACCGAAGGGACUAUCGUGUUCAAACCCGGGGAGACGGAGAAGGAGAUCCGUAUCGAGAUCAUCGACGACGACAUCUUUGAGGAAGACGAACACUUCUUGGUUCACCUCAGCAAUGUGAGGGUGAUAUCACCGGGCGGGAACAACCACGUGGACGCCCUCGCCGGGCUAGGUUUGCCGUGCUCGGCCACCGUCACGGUAUUUGAUGACGACCACGCUGGGAUCUUUACCUUCGAGGAGCCGCAGGUGACCAUCAGCGAGAGCGUCGGCAUGAUGGAA